AUGUCUGCAACCAUGAGAACAAGUUCAUGGGGAGAUUCUGUUGAAAAUGCAGCCAAUGGAUCAUCAGCACGUCCUCUCAAGCCAGCGUAUGUUCCUCCGCAUCUUCGUAACCGGUCAAUGGCACCGGCCGAGCCUCCUUCUAUGGUGGUUAAUGCUAAUGAGAGGGGUUUGGGUAAUUGGGGUAGUUCGUCUAACUUCAAUAAGCCGGAUUUUGGUGCUGGCAGGCAAGGAUAUGGUUCGGGUGGUGGGUUUAACAAUAGAGGAGGAGGAGGGGUAGUGAGGGAGCAUGGUGGAAGACGUGAGGUGAAUCCUUUUGAGAAUGAUGUUAAUGAGUCUUUUAGUGAGCAAGAGAACACGGGGAUUAACUUUGAGGCUUAUGAUGAUAUCCCCGUUGAGACUAGUGGAGAGAAUGUUCCUUCUCCUGUGAAUACAUUUGCAGAAAUAGAUUUAGGUGAUGCGUUAAAUCAGAACAUACGGAGAUGCAAGUAUGUGAAACCAACCCCGGUUCAGAGGUAUGCCAUACCUAUUUCUCUUGCAGGGAGAGAUUUGAUGGCUUGUGCUCAGACUGGGUCAGGAAAGACAGCUGCCUUUUGCUUUCCUAUUAUAAGUGGAAUCCUUAGGGAACAGUAUGCUCAAAGACCCCGUGUGGCUCGCACUGCUUAUCCUCUCGCACUUAUUCUGUCCCCUACCCGUGAGCUCUCUUGUCAGAUACAUGACGAGGCCAAAAAGUUUUCUUAUCAAACUGGUGUCAAGGUUGUAGUUGCUUAUGGAGGAGCACCGAUCACCCAACAGUUGCGGGAGCUUGAGCGAGGAGUUGAUAUUCUGGUGGCAACUCCAGGACGACUAGUUGAUUUGCUUGAGAGGGCUAGGGUGUCAUUGCAGAUGAUAAGAUAUUUGGCGCUUGACGAGGCAGAUCGGAUGCUGGAUAUGGGUUUUGAGCCUCAAAUAAGAAAGAUAGUUGAACAAAUGGAUAUGCCUCCUCCAGGCAUGAGACAGACACUGCUGUUUAGUGCAACAUUUCCCAAAGAGAUACAGAGACUUGCGUCAGAUUUUCUUGCAAGUUACAUAUUUCUGGCUGUAGGAAGGGUUGGUUCAAGUACCGAUCUAAUUUCUCAACGAGUAGAAUAUGUGCUUGAAUCAGACAAAAGAAGCCACCUCAUGGACCUUCUUCAUGCUCAGAGAGAAAAUGAUGUGAAUGGAAAGCAAGGUCUGACUUUAGUUUUUGUGGAAACAAAGAAAGGAGCUGACGCAUUGGAACACUGCUUGUGUGUUAACGGGUUUCCUGCAACUUGCAUUCAUGGUGACAGAACACAGCAAGAAAGAGAACAAGCAUUAAGAUCGUUCAAGACUGGAAAUACUCCAAUUCUAGUGGCAACGGAUGUUGCAGCACGUGGUCUUGAUAUUCCCCGGGUAGCACAUGUGGUAAACUUUGAUCUUCCCAAUGACAUUGAUGAUUAUGUGCACCGGAUUGGAAGAACAGGCCGAGCUGGUAAAAUGGGGUUAGCAACAGCCUUCUUCAAUGACAGUAAUUUGUCAAUGGCUAAACCAUUGGCUGAUUUGAUGCAAGAGGCAAAUCAAGAAGUACCUGCUUGGCUCACACGUUAUGCAGCAAGGACUCCUUAUGGCGGUGGCAGUAGAAACAAGCGAACCGGAGGAGCCCGUUUUGGUGGCCGGGAUGUUAGAAAGGAUAGCUCAUAUAAUAAAGGAACCGAUUACUACGGUGGAGCUUCUGGUGGUGGUGGUUAUGGGGUUCCUGCGAGCUAUGGUGGAGGGUAUGGUCAAGGUGUAACAAGUGCUUGGGAUUAG